CGCCCAAAAGAAGGGUGUCAACGAUUUUGCAUUUGUUGUGGGCACAUGGGUGGAAAAAGAGACAAAUGAAAGGGUAGAUGACAGCAACAUCAAAGCUCCGACCGCCACAGGGCCGCAAUUCCGCCCGCCGACCGGGUCAAUGUUCAUAAUUGUGCGUUAACGUUUCUUACGUAAUAGGUCCAAACGCCCCUCACAGUGUAUAUACGGUCGACUACUGAUGGCUUCCAUUAGUCCCUCGGUGAGCCGGGGUAAAGGAGGAGGGGUAGUGAGAGCUGAAGCCAGUACGCAGACGAUGGUUGGCCUCCACAGAGCAAACGCGCAGCUGCAACAAGAACUGGACAAGAUUGACCGUCAGGCAUUCACCGCAGUUUCCAACAUCGCGAACCACCAGCAAGCAAUGAAGAUGUCUUGGAGACGACUAGAGGCUCAGAGGAACAGUCCGAAAUCCACGCGAGCAAAGGUAGAAUGUUCAGACCAGCAGCCAGCGGCCCCGAGGAAAGGUCUCCUCAUGUCUUCCAACAAGACGAGACUGUACGUGUCGGCCACACCUAAUAUCUACUCCGGUCAGAGCUCAGAGCAGCAGUCCAGAGGGUCGGACAGCGAGGGAGAAACGGUCGGUAGUCACCGCGCUAGCGGAAUGGCGCAAGACGACACCGAAGUCGGUGGGCGGUUUUCUCGACAGAGUGGACGACUAACAUCGUCUUCUCCGUACGUCUCCAGUCCCUUCAUGUACAGGCGAGGGUCUGAAGCAUCGCCCUCUCCCCUCGCCUCCUCUUCUGCCUCAUUCAAACUUCCUCCCAUCCCUUCUUCCUCUUCUCAGCCAUCGCUAGUGGCAACUACCAACAAGGACACCCUCCUGAAAGUGUCUCACAUGAUGGGACUGGACACCCAGAGCACAGGACCAAAGAGUUUCCGGGGAUUCUAUACUGACAGAGCCCUGGCCAGAUUUGGAGCUGCGCAGAGGAGGGAAGAUGAGAGCAUGAGGUCAGCGUUUCUUUGGUAAUCUCUGAAUAAGGACUGCCCGUGUGAUUAUGCUACCUAUAUCCAUAAGGCGUCUAUUUUAUUGCAAAUUCUUUACAGCAGUGGUGAGGGAAGAGGGGGAGGAGAGAUGCGUGAGCAUCAAGAGGGGGAAGAGGGGGAGGAGGAGGAGGGGAAGGAAGUGACGCUUGCCCAGAAGUUUGAAAAAAUCAAGUCUUGUCGCUACAUUCGUCACUACAGACCAGACGGAACUGCUGUUGAUGAACCUUUCGAACUCCUCCAUUGAGUAUUUGUAAAAAGUUUCAACAUACAAUG